AUGACAAACAGUGAGGGAAGUCGCGCUUCACAGAGGAGAAUGGUUGAGGGUGAAUCAAGCAAUGCAAGGGAGAGAAGGCUUAAAAUGCAAGCCGAUUUGGCGGCAAUGACUCAAAGGAUGGAAGAGUCUGAUGCAGAGGAGUAUGUAUACUCUGAGGAAGAGUCUGAGAUCGAGAGAUUGAGGGAGGAAAGGAGGACCAAGAAGAGGAAUGACCCCAUUAGUAGUGAGAGUGAGCAAGGGGAGUUUGAGAUUGGAGUGAACCUUGUUCAAGAGGAGGGUAAUGGCUAUCCAAGUGAAGAAGGAAGUGAUGAGUGUGAGAGUGAAGAGGAAAGAGAAGAGGUGAAUCAGUUGGUUGAUGAGAGUGAGCAAGAGAGUAACCAAGGUGAACCUAUGGAGGAGGUUGAGCCACAAGAGGAGGAAGAAGAACUCCCUAUGUACCAAGAGCACUACAAUGCUCUCUUCUCCAUGGACUUUGUGGAGACCAAGUACCCACAUGUUGACACAAUGAAGGCCCUUGGAAUCUUUGAAGAUGUGGAGCUAGUUCUCAAGAACAUGCACUUGGGAAGGUUUUUGUCUCAUCACAUGGAAUCCUACAAAGAGCUCACUUGUGAGUUCUUGGCUUCAAUGAGGUACCACUUGUACGAUGAGGAGAGAGUACUUGGACCAAGGUUGGGAUGGAUCACGUUCUUUGCAAGGAGGAAGAGAAUGGGACCAUUAGGGGGAACUCAAGUUCACUAUGGAGACAUGAGUGGAAUUCAAGGAAAAGCUCCAAUUUGGCACAAGCUGAUGGAGAGAUCAAGGAGAAGCCAACACAGGAAACUUGAUGCCUUUCCUUGA